GGCUCUCCCUGGACAUGGCAAUGUUAUUCUUUGCUCGACUCUCCCCAGUGGCUACGAUCCUUCGCACGCGUCCUGCCUUGCCGGACGUGACUCCUUCCCUACGACGGGAGCUCUGGUUUCUUGGUCGUACCUCCCUCUACCAGGUCCUGGACUUUGCGCGCUUCGACCCACCCGGCUGUGGACGCGGCUUGCAGUUCCCGCGUCAGCACCUUUCCGCCGGUGCCACGAGGCCCUGUUUCGCCUUCAGAGCCGCCCCUCUGCCCUCCACCCUCAGCCGCGCCGUGGACGUCGCCCCUGAGACCCGCAGCCCGCGGGGAGGCGACGCGCUCCGGAGCCGGCGAGGCGCUCGGGGGCGGCGAGAUGUACCCGGUGGUCCGCGGGGAACUUGGUGCUCACCUUAGACUAGAGGUUCAGAGACGUCCGGAAGUCAUACUUUCGAACCUUCCGACUCAGACCGGAGACAGAGACGAGCCUGGCUGCUCCGAAGCACUGUGAUCACUGGGACCCGGACCCAUGCUUCUGGCCUUCUGCCGGGGGCCAGCAAGACCCAGGCCCGCCGGCCUCCCCGGCCGCCAGCCAAUCGGCCCAGCACAUCUUCAGCUGCGCAGAGAAGAGGUGUUUGUUAUAGAAAAUUAAACACGCCCCCCCCCACACACACACACACGAGGAAGGGACUUUUCAAAUCCAGUUACCCACUGGUAGCCAAGGUUUUUUUUUCUUUUCUUUCUUUAAAUUUUGUUGUUGUUGUUGUUGUUUUGUUUCACUGUGUAGACCAGGAUGGCCUCAAACUGAGAGAUCCAUCUGCCACUGUUGAGAUUAAAGUUUUGCCGCCACCAA